AAGAGUAAUUUCAGACACUUGCCUCUGAAAACAGUUCCAUAGCAUACAGCACAUGGUAUUUUGGAAAGAUAAUUCUAGUGCACUCGGUCUUUGUUUUCCAUGACCCGCAGUAUCACUGUGAAUGAUAAGGAACCCGUAGAUUCUUUGUGGUGGAAUAGAGAGCUAUCGAAAGCCAGUGACAUAAUACUCAUUUCAAUUGGACUUUCAUUUCUUUUCACUGGGGAAUCUCUCCAGAUGAUCUUUUUGCCUCUUUUGUGCGUCUGAUCUGCACUUUAUUAGCUACUUUCCGCGCCACUGAAUCCAAAUUGCGAUGGUGGGGAGACUUUAUCUGUCUUCCAAGCACUCAGACUUGACGCCAAAUCGACUUCUCGCCAGUCUCUUAAGAUCAAACACUCAGUUUGCAAGGUUUGCAAUAAUUUUUAGCAGUGCUAAAUGGAUUACAGUUGCUCCUUGCCAGCAGAUUGUUACAUUUUCGCGGAGGCUCAUUUAAAUGAGACCUCAAACAGACGCGAAGAAUCUUUAGCCAAAUUUUGUAAGUGGAUUGAUGAGAAUCCAGAGCUCAAUGUUGAGAAAGAUGUAGUGCAUUUGCUGUAUUUUCUACGUGGUGCAAAAUUUAAUGUGGAGAAAGCCAAAGACAAAAUAAAGAGAUUUUAUCGCAUACGAGCUGAAAGAUCUGAAUGGUUUACAUCCAGAAACCCAUUUCAUCCAGAAUUGGAUGAGCUCCUGAAGAUUGGCGUAUGCUUCCCUUUGAGAGAACGGGAUGAACACAACCGCUUAGUGGUUAUUAUCAGGACCGGUGCUCACAAUCCCAGACUACAUACUCAGAACAACGUUCUAAAAAUCUGCAAAAUGCUCAUUGACUUAGCCAUUCGCGCAGACGAACGUAUCUCAAUCUACGGAGUGUCUGCGGUUUUGGACAUGACUGGCGUAACCCUUAGUCAUGCCCUACAACUGACUCCAACCCUUAUAAAACGAACAGUGCAAUGUUGGGAAACUUACCCUUGUCGAGCUCGUCGUAUGGAAUUUGUCAAUGCUCCAGCCCAUGUUAACAUAAUCCUGAAUAUUUUCCGGAGCUUUAUGAGUGCCAAGCUGAAAGAUCGAGUUUUCGUCACCAAGGGGCUGCCUAAGAAUAAUGAAAACUUGCCGGUUAACUUGGGAGGACAUGGACCCAGCUAUCAAGAACUUGCAGUUUAUUGGCGGGAUAAAGCCCGAGAAAGUGCAGAAUGGUUUGCAGAAAAUGAACAAUAUAAAAUGACAAUAUAAUUCCAAAGAAUUACUCUC